UUCAAUAUACGUGUUUGCAGACGGAGAGAUGGAGGCUAGAGACAAGCAGGUGCUUCGCUCCCUUCGCCUGGAGCUGGGUGCCGAGGUACUGGUGGAGGGACUGGUUCUUCAAUAUCUUUACCAGGAAGGAGUCUUGACGGAAAACCAUGUUCAGGAAAUCAAAGCUCAAGCCACAGGCCUCCGGAAAACAAUGCUGCUGCUGGAUAUCCUACCUUCCAGAGGUCCUAAAGCAUUUGAUGCAUUCCUAGAGUCCCUGCAGGAAUUUCCCUGGGUUAGGGAGAAACUGGAGAAGGCAAGGGAAGAAGCCAUAACUGAGCUGCCUGCAGAUGACCGGAUGACCGGUAUCCCCCCACACAUCCUCAACAGCUCCCCAUCCGACCAGCAGAUUAACCAGCUGGCGCAAAGGCUGGGCCCUGAGUGGGAGCCCGUGGUGCUGUCUCUGGGACUGUCCCAGACGGAUAUCUACCGCUGUAAGGCCAACCACCCCCACAACGUGCAGUCACAGAUGGUGGAGGCCUUCGUCCGCUGGCGGCAGCGCUACGGGAAGCAGGCCACCUUCCGGAGCUUGCAGAGAGGCCUUCAGGCCGUGGAGGUGGACCCCUCGGUGCUCCAGAACAUGUUGGAAUAAUGGUGUCUCCCUCCAUCCACCCAUGGGGAGCAUGUCCCAAGUUGCAUGUGCAGAAUCCUGACUUUCUCCCAGGGCAGGUAGUUUUCGGGGGGUUUUGUGUUGUUGUUGUUCUUGUUGUUGUGGUUUUCUUUUUAAGAUUCUUAGAUAAAAGGAGAAAAUAGGAUUUCCAGUUGAUAUUACUUGAAAGGCCAGAUUACUCAGUGGCUCUACCACAUUGACAAUUGGUUGUUUUUAAUUGCUUGAAGAUUGCAUUGUUUUAAUUGUGCAGGUUUUAAUUGUGUGGUUGCCUUUCAGUAAACUGGUAAAUCACACUGGCUCAAAACACACACACACACACACACACACACAAAAACCUACUAUGUUAUCACAUUACAUGCAGGUGUCCUAUAUAUAAAGCAUCCACUUUUAUAUUUCCUGGGAACUGAACUGUGCACUUUGCUAUUAAUGAUGAUGA